AUGAGCGACAGCUGCGCGCCGAGCUGCCUCGACAAGCCAUCGGGUUUCAAUCCCCCAUUGCUUUGGCUAUCAAUGUCCGCAUUGCACGUGCCACAGACGAGAUCAUGUCAUGUUUGUGUUAAUCCUGAUGAACAAGCUAUACGUUCCGACUCUGACGAAAUACAAGCUCUAUAUGGGAAUACAUCCAUUACUCAACUGGAGCUUGUCUACAAGAUCCAGAAGAUCCUUCAGAAUCUUUAUGAGACAGGCCGUUCCUUCCCCCCUGCUCUUGUUCUCGACUUCAAUCGUCCUCUGCAGACAGUAACACGGACAGGCGCAUCGCUCUAUUUAAUGUUGUUCCAGGCACUGCAGCCUCUUCCAGCAGCGUUAGGCCGUCUGUGUGAGACGUGUAAUGAGGCCGCGACGAAAAGUCUAGCCAUUCUUCACGCACUCAAGCGCCAGCAGACCAUACCCCGAUAUGGCUUUUUCGAUCUGGACGCCACAUUCUCCGGCGCCUUUGUUCUGGUCAUGAUGGGCCUCAUAGACAAGACUCGGGAUCAACCUCCCCCAGCUCUAGACCAAGCAUUCGAUGUCCUUCGGUUCCUGUCCCGAGCUGGUAACCUAGCCGCCGAACGCCGUUUACAAGACAUCACGCAUUCUUGUAUGCAUGUAUGGCCAAACCAUAUUCUAGGAGCAGAUAGACAGCAAGGUGAACAAGUAGACAGUGGCUCACUGAGUGCAAUCAGUUUAUCCUCGCUCGGCCCGAGAGGAGAUGCAUCGGUCCCUCACACAUCGGCUUCGGCUAUUCCUCCGCAGCCACCCCAAUAUACGACCGUGGCUGCCGAAGGCUGGGAACAGGGCCGGGAUGAAAGUCGGCUUCUGGAGACGUGGAUGCACCCUGAUACCGCUAAUGCAACGUUUGACAUGCAAGUGGACUGGGACUGGCAUCUAGACCUUUCGGUGGAGGCAGAGGGGAUUUACUCCAGUUUCUUUGAUCCAUCGCUGCCACUUACCGGUGUCGAUCACCUGGAUUGGCAAGAGAUUGAAAAGAUCUUUAACGGACAGAAUGAUCCAUAUGUAAAAGUUCAAAUCCACUUAUACUCAUUUUUGCGAAUCGGAGGAGUUGAACGAUGCCAGAUGACGGCGUGCUCGCCGUUGAACAGCCUUCAAGGAUGCCGAUAUUGUAUAUUCUCUUUCGGAAUGCAAUACCGAAGUAUCCACACUUCGGUCUAG